AUGCUCCCCAGAGCGGCUUUUGUGGCUCUCUUCUGGGCCACUGUUCAGGUUUCUGGACACGGCGGCUCCAGCUCAAGUUCGAGCCGUAAUGUCGCCUCCAACUUGGAAGAGUACUGUUUUUACUCGAUAUAUACCAGUUUAUCUGCGUACACCUUUGAAGGCAGUGUAACAGUCCAAUCCGCCACAAGCUCCCAUUCUCACGGGGGUUCCUCAUCUUCUUCACAUGGAUCGUCGGAUUCUUCUACUGAAACAUCCGAGACUUCCUCGCAUGGAUCAUCGGAUGCUUCCUCUGAAACAUCUGGGGCGUCCUCGCAUGAGUCCUCGGAUCCUUCCUCCACUGAGACAUCUGAGACUCAUUCACACGGAUCAUCUGGAUCUUCCUCCGCUGAAUCCCCCGACUCUUCUUCUGCAGCUCACACGUACGGAUCACACAACUCUUCCUCCACCGAAACAUCUGAGUCUUCCUACUCGGGAUAUACACAUGGAUCAUCUGAUUCUUCUUCCACUGAAUCGACUGAUUCUACCUCUUCGACACACACUCACGGAUCAGCCCGAAGAAGUGUGAGCCUUGCAAAGCGCGCCCAUGGUAGUGGCUCGUAUGGCUCAUACUCCACCGGACCAUGCAACAGCACCGUGGAAGUGACUUCCAUGUAUGCUAGUGCUAAGGCCUGGUGUUCCGAGAAAGAGUUCAAAGCGGUGGUCCCAUACUGGCAAAGUCUUUGUGCAAAGAACAGCAUGGAACUCAUGAGCCUGACUUCAAUUGAACCCUUGUUGACGGAUGACUUCAUCAACUCGCUUCCUCAAAUUGACCCAGAGGAGAAUAAUGUGACAACGUAUAGGACCAUUGACUCGCCUGUGCUGCUGACCAAAAAAUACUACAACAGGGCCCAUAAGUCUUAUGUGAGCCAUGACUAUGCUAUGCCGAAGCAUAAACGAUAUGGCUGGGGAAUUAUUGGCUACUGGGGAGCUGUCCUAGUCCUAGGCAUGAUGUCCAAGGCAUGGACAGUAUUCUUCAGCAGACGGAGUGUGCGUGGUUCUUGCGACCCCGAGACUCGCCCCGGUCUGCAGAGUAAGAAAGGUCCUCUUGCUUCUCUCUUCCAUUCUUUGCGCACGCACAUCAUCAUGCCGGCCACCUUUGCCCCAGCCAUCCCCAAUCACCAGCAACUCUGGUUGUCGCACGCUCUUCCCAAGAGAGUCGAUACUUUGAUUGUGCUUGGAUUUUGGAUUGUCAGUAUCAUUUUGAGUUGUGUGGGCUACGACAGUUUCACGGGCAGUCUUUCAGUACCAAGCCUUUAUCAACAAAAUUGGCAAUACACCUCUGACCGCACUGGAGUUCUUUCAUACGCCUGUCUACCAGCUUUGUGGCUUUUCAGUGGCAGAAACAAUGUGUUUAUCCAGAUGACACACUUCAGCGUUCAGUCAUUCACCAUGUUCCACCGCCAUAUCGCAUGGGUUUGCACUAUCUUGGCCGUGGUGCAUUCCAUCAACUACACCGUUCUCUUCCUAGAAUAUGUCGGUCGCUAUUGGAUUUCUUGGAAGGAAGAGUUCUGGUACAUGGGUGUGGUGGCUACCAUUCUCCUGUGUUUCAUGCUUGUACAGUCAAUGACCUUCUUCCAACGCCGUUGGUAUGAGACUUUCCUCAUGCUUCACAUUAUCUUCGCCGUCGUCGUGGUCGUUGCCCUCUUCCAACACACCAGCUUCGAUGGUCGCGAAUGGGUUGGAUAUCUUUGGACACCGGUUGGACUUUGGGUCCUUGAGCGACUUGCCCGCGUCGGUCGUGUUGUAUACUGCAACCUGAACGCCCGAUUUGGAAAGGAAUUUUUGGGAACGGCUACAACCGUUACAUACAGUGAGGCAAGCGACUUGGUCAGGAUUGAAAUGGUCCCCGGAGCCGCAAGCUUGACACCCAGACCAGGUCAGCUUUACUAUAUUUACCAAGCAACCUGGCUUAAGGGCUGGGAGAACCACCCAUUUUCAUUGGGUGCAUGGGCACCUUCCUCCACGGCCGACAAUGAAAAGUCUGCUCCAGCCUCUCAAAAUGGACAAAAGCUCAUCUUCUACGUCCGGCCCUACGAUGGAUGGACACGUCGCCUUCGUGAUCAAUGCCGCAAGGCAGGUGGAAUCAUUCGCCCCAAGCUCCUUCUUGAGGGAGCGUAUGGUCAUUCUGAGCCAGUGUACGCCUACAACACUCUUCUGAUUAUUGUCGGCGGAACGGGUAUUGCAGUAGCAGUGCCGUACCUCCUGGAUCAUAUUGCGCGCGUGAAGGAAGGCAAGACGAAGACCACCAAAAUUCAGCUCGUGUGGUCCGUCCGACAAAAAGAGAUGUUCAACGAGGUCUUCAAUGAGGAGUUGGCGGAGAUCAUGCAGCAUAACGACAUUACGAUCACUGUCUUCUGUACUCGUCUUUCUAAGAUCACGAGUGAUUCAGAUUCCGAUGACGUGACAAUCUCCAAGGAGCUUUCGUCUGGCGUUGCGCCGGUGAUCAGGGCAACAGGCGCGGAUUCUCCCACCAGCAACAGCAGCCUCCGGUUCAUGCCUGGUCGCCCCGAUAUCCGCGAAAUAGUCAAGUCUGAGGUGCAGGAUUCCCAAAACAGCUCGACUAAUUUGGCCGUUUUGACUUGUGGCCCAGCCCAAAUGGCCGAUGAAUGUCGCGGAAGUGUAUAUGAGACCAUGAAGAAUGGUUUCCAGGACAUUGAGUACUUCGAGGAAGCGUUUGGGUGGUAG